GGGAAGGCUAGGCGGCCGCGGAUCCGCCCGAGCACGCCAGCACGAUGGAGCGGCCCCGGCGGCUGCAGCACGCGGUCCCCGGCGCGCUCUCAUCCUCGCUUUCCGCGGGACGCGACGGCAGGGCGGCGCGCAGCAAGGGCCAGCAGCCCCCGCCGUCCGGGGAGCCCGGAGAGAAGCGCCCCAAGUUUCAUUUAAAUAUUAGGAUGCUGACGGAUGAUAUGCUGGACAAAUUUGCCAGCAUACGAAUUCCUGGGAGCAAGAAAGAGAGACCACCCCUUCCCAACCUGAAGGCAGCAUCUAUGAGCAACGACUGCUCCUCAGCAUCUUCAGAGAUGAUAGAGAAUAUUCCAAAACCACUGUCAGAAAAUGAAGUCUUAAAACUCUUUGAAAAGAUGAUGGAAGAUAUGAAUUUAAAUGAAGAUAAAAAGGCACCAUUGCGGGAAAAGGGCUUCAGUAUCAAAAAAGAAAUGGUGAUGCAGUACAUUAAUACUGCGUCUAAGACAGGAAGUCUUAGAAGUAGCCAGCAGAUCUCACCUCAAGAAUUUAUCCAUGAGCUGAAAAUGGGAUCUGCAGAUGAGAGACUUGUCACAUACCUGGAAUCACUUCGAGUGUCUUUGACCAGUAAUCCUGUGAGUUGGGUGGAAAGUUUUGGACAUGAAGGACUUGGAUUAUUACUAGACAUUUUAGAAAAACUGACUAGUGAGAAAAUCCAAUAUAAAGUUGUGAAGAAGAAUCAACACAAAGUCGUACAGUGUCUGAAGGCCCUGAUGAAUACUCAGUAUGGCUUGGAAAGAAUUAUGAGUGAAGAGCGGAGUCUUUCCUUGUUGGCCAAAGCCAUGGACCCCAAGCAUCCCAGUAUGAUGACAGAUGUGGUCAAGCUCCUUUCUGCAGUUUGCAUUGUAGGGGAGGAAAGCAUCCUUGAAGAAGUUUUAGAAGCUUUAACUUCAGCUGGAGAAGAAAGAAAAAUUGACAGGUUUUCUCCUAUUGUGGAAGGUCUUCGGCACAACUCAGUACAACUGCAAGUAGCUUGUAUGCAGCUCAUAAAUGCCCUUGUUACGUCUCCUGAUGAUCUGGACUUCAGGCUUCAUAUCAGAAAUGAAUUUAUGCGUUGUGGAUUGAAAGAGAUAUUGCCAAACUUAAAGCUUAUUAAGAAUGAUGGUCUGGAUAUACAGCUGAAAGUCUUUGAUGAACAUAAGGAAGAGGAUUUGAUUGAGUUCUCCCAUCGCCUGGAAGAUAUUAGAGCUGAGCUGGAUGAAGCAUCUGAUGUCUACAAUAUGGUAUGGGGCACAGUUAAGGAAACUCGAGCAGAGGGAUAUUUUAUUUCUAUCCUUCAGCAUCUUUUGUUGAUUCGAAAUGAUUAUUUUAUAAGACAACAGUACUUCAAAUUAAUUGAUGAGUGUGUAUCACAGAUUGUAUUGCAUAGAGAUGGGAUGGAUCCUGACUUUACAUAUAGAAAACGACUAGAUUUAGAUUUAAGUCAAUUUGUAGAUGUUUGCAUAGAUCAAGCAAAACUAGAAGAGUUUGAAGAAAAAGUAUCAGAACUUUGCAAGAAAUUUGAAAAAGAGUUUACUGACCACCAGGAAACUCAGGCUCAAUUGCAGAAGAAAGAGGCAAAGAUUAAUGAGCUUCAAGCAGAGUUACAAGCUUUUAAAUCUCAGUUUGGCGCCUUGCCAUCUGGCACUAAGAUUUCUUUGCAUACUUCUAAUGAAGAUGGAGUUGGUUCCUCUGGCCUUCCUCCUGCCCCUCCACUGCCCUUUGGAGGGGUGCCACCCCCUCCUCCCCCACCCCCUCCCCCACCUCCUCCACUUCCAGGAAUGCCGAUGUCAUUUGGUGGUCCUGUACCGCCACCACCUCCCCUAGGAUUUCUCAGUGGACGAAACUCGCCUCCUCCACUAACCCUGCCAUUUGGUUUGAAACCAAAGAAAGAAUUUAAGCCUGAAACCAGCAUGAGAAGAUUGAAUUGGCUAAAGAUCAGACCUCAGGAAAUGUCUGAAAACUGUUUCUGGAUAAAAGUAAAUGAAAAUAAAUAUGAAAAUAAGGAUUUACUUUGUAAACUAGAGAAUACAUUCUGUUGCCAACCAAAAGAAAAACGAGAUGAGGAAGAUUUUGAAGAGAAGAAAGCCAUUAAGAGAAAAAUCAAAGAACUUAAAUUUCUAGAUCCCAAGGUUGCCCAGAAUCUUUCAAUCUUCCUGAGCUCUUUCCGGGUGCCAUAUGAAGAAAUCAAAAUGAUGAUAUUGGAAGUGGAUGAAACACAGUUGGCAGAGUCUAUGAUUCAGAACUUAAUAAAGCAUCUUCCUGAUCAAGAGCAAUUGAACUCAUUGUCUCAAUUCAAGAGUGACUACAACAACUUAUGUGAACCUGAGCAGUUUGCUGUUGUGAUGAGCAAUGUGAAGAGACUACGGCCACGGCUCAGUGCUAUUCUCUUUAAGCUUCAGUUUGAAGAGCAGGUGAAUAACAUCAAACCUGACAUCAUGGCUGUCAGUGCUGCCUGUGAAGAGAUAAAGACAAGCAGAAGCUUCAGCAAGUUGCUGGAACUUGUGCUGCUAAUGGGAAACUACAUGAAUGCUGGCUCCCGGAAUGCACACACCUUCGGAUUUCACCUUAGCUCUCUCUGUAAACUGAAGGACAUAAAAUCUGCAGAUCAGAAAACGACACUGCUCCAUUUCCUGGUGGACAUUUGUGAAGAAAAGUACCCCGACAUCCUGAAUUUUGUGGACGAUUUGGAACAUUUAGACAAAGCUAGUAAAGUCUCUGUAGAAACGCUGGAAAAGAAUUUGAAGCAGAUGGGAAGGCAGCUUCAACAGCUUGAGAAGGAUUUGGAAACCUUUCCCCCUCCUGAGGACUUGCAUGACAAGUUUGUGAUAAAGAUGUCCAGCUUUGUUGUCAGUGCAAAAGAACAAUAUGAGAAUCUUUCUAAAUUACUUGAAAACAUGGCAGAAUUGUACCAGAGUAUAAUGGGAUAUUAUGCCCUUGAUAUGAAGAAGAUCUCCGUGGAAGACUUUUUUACUGACUUGAGUAACUUCAGAACUACGUUCAUGCAUGCAAUAAAGGAAAACAUCAAGAAAAGAGAAAUAGAGGAAAGAGAAAAACGUGCCAGAAUAGCUAAAGAAUUAGCAGAGAAAGAACGAUUUGAACGCCAACAAAAGAAAAAGCGCCUACUGGAAAUGAAAAUUGAGGGUGAUGAGACAGGAGUGAUGGAUAGUCUGCUGGAGGCCUUGCAGUCAGGGGCUGCCUUCCGCGACAGAAGAAAAAGGACACCGAAGCCGAAAGAUAUUCGUCAGAGUCUCAGUCCAAUGUCUCAGAGGCCUGUUCUCAAAGUUUGUAACCAUGGAAAUCAGAAAGCGCAGUUGACAGAAGGGUCACGUCCACACUACAGUAUCAAUUGCAACUCCACAAGGAUUCCAGUCGCCAAAGAGCUUAAUUAUAAUCUAGACACUUGUAUGUCUACAGGGAGGAUCAAGGCCAUGGAGAAGAAGGAAGCCUGUAAUGCAGAGAGCAACAGAAAAAAGGAAACGGAACCUCUUGGCUCUGUUUCUAAAAAUGAAUCAGUUCCUGAAGUUGAAGCCCUGCUGGCAAGAUUACGAGCUUUAUAAAUUAAACUGGUUAAAAAAAAAAAAAAAACUGAUUAA